UAUAUACAAGUAUAGAUAUAUAGAUAUUAUACACAAUUUGAAUUUGAAUUGAAUUUCAACAAAGAACUGAAGAAGCUUCAUCCCCUUGGGUAUCUCAGCAGCACCAGACCUACGAAUCGAAGAAGCUUGGAGCACAAGCCCCAAUCGAAUAAUCUAGGGUUUCACUGUUUCCAGUAACACACCAUAAUCCAUUCAACUGAAUCAAUCCGAUUACGUCAAUGGCGACUGAAUCAUCAGAAGGAGAAGAAGAAACGAAACUGACGGGCGGAACCCCGCAGCUGGUGGUGGACCGUGACCUCCGUGAGAUGGCCAAGAACGCCGCUUGGAGUGUAAGCUCUUGUAAACCCGGCAAUGGUGUGUCGUCUCUUCGAGAUGAUAAUUAUGAAACCUACUGGCAAUCGGAUGGUGCGCAACCACACCUUGUUAAUAUUCAGUUUCAGAAGAAAGUUAAGCUUCAAUUAGUGGCACUUUAUGUCGAUUUUAACCUUGAUGAGAGUUAUACGCCUAGUAAGGUUUCAGUUCGUGCUGGAGAUGGUUUUCAUAACUUGAAGGAGAUAAAAACUGUUGAACUUGUCAAGCCAAAUGGUUGGAUGAACAUACCUUUAUCUGGCAAUGAUCCUCGGGAAACUUUUGUAAACACGUUCAUGCUGCAGAUCGCUGUAUUGUCAAACCAUCUCAACGGGCGGGAUACGCACGUCCGCCAGAUAAAAGUUUUCGGACCACAACCGAACCCUAUACCAAACCAACCAUUUCAAUUUACUUCAACAGAAUUCAUUACUUACUCAACUAUCAGAUGAGGAACCUAAAUUUGCCUGCCCAAUUAAGUGCAGUACCAUCUUAAGUUUAAAGUCAAUUGUGUGUGAAUUUUCUAUCUUUUUCUUGUUGGAAAGAACGUGUACUGUACAACCAACAUCAAGCAUUUCUUUGUUCUUUUCGACCGUGUUGUUGGAAAGAACGUGUACUGUACAACAUCAUGCAUUUCUUUGUUCUUUUCGACCGUUUUACAUUUUGUCAAGAGUAUUCAACCAGUGAUACAUAUGAUUUUUUUUAAUUAAAGUUAAUAUUUAGAUUUGCCUUC